UACCGCAAUUCUAUCAAAGGAGAGUGUUGGAAAGGAUACACAGCUCUUAUAUCGGAAUAAAUGGCUGCAUUCCGAGGGCACGAGAAUGCGUCUAUUGGCUGGGGAUGAACAGUGCAGUAAGGGAGUAUGUGGAGAAAUGUUCGAUAUGCCAUUCAUUUGAAAGAUCUCAACAAAAGGAAACACUCCAAAACCAAGAUGUGCCAACCCGACCAUGGGCCAAGGUGGGAGCAGAUCUCUUUACCUUCCAAGAUCGAGAAUACCUUGUCACUGUGGAUUACCAUAGUAACUUCUUUGAGGUUGAUUGAUUGGAAUCAACAGCAUCAGAGGAGGUAAUCUAUCAGUUGAAGAAACAUUUUGCUAGACAUGGGAUACCCGAUUUACUAGUAACGGACAAUGGUCCACAAUUUUCAUCAGCUAUGUUUCAGAAAUUCACUAGAACUUGGGACUUUUCUCAUAGAACAAGCAGUCCAGGAUAUCCCAAAUCGAAUGGAAAGGUGGAAAACGCUGUCAAGACUUGCAAACAACUAAUGAAGAAGGCAAGAAAAGCACAAACUGACCCUUGGUUAGCAGUACUAGACUAUCGCAACACACCAACGCAAGGUAUGUCUACAAGUCCAGCUCAACGAUUAAUGAAUAGAAGAACAAAGACUUUGCUACCGACAGCAAGAGCCCUGUUGAAGCCUAAGGUUACAGAAGAAUAUAAGGCAAUAAAGCAAGUAAAGGAAAAACAAAAGAGCUAUUACGACAGAACAGCAAAAGAUCUACCUGUACUGAAAGAAAGCCAAAGAGUCAGAAUCCAGCCUUUUACUAAGUCAAAGACAUGGCAAGAAGCCACUGUAACAAAGCAAUUGUCAGACAGAUCAUAUGAAGUACAGACACCAGCUGAAACAAUGUACAGAAGAAACCGAGUACAUUUGAAAGCAACUAAAGAAGCAGAAGUGAAGCCUAUAGCACCUGGGAGGAAUUCCAAAGAUGAAACAACAAAUACAACAGACAAAAGGAAACCAAGGACAGCACGAACAUUGAAGAAAACAGCAGCUGCAGAAGACAAACAGAAAACACAACAAACGAAGAGCAGCAGAACUAUCAAAAGGCCUAGUUAUUUAAAAGACUACACCACAUAACUGUUUUGUUUUGUUUACACAUAGUUGGGUUUUUCUUAUAAUUGAAACUAUAAAGAAAGAGGGAUGUAAGGAGUGUUCUUAGUGUAAUUAGAUUAUAGUCGUUAUAUACACUAGACAGUAGUUGUAAUAUAUUAUUAUCGUUGA